GGGGCGGCUGUGGCCGGCCGCCGGUGACCGUUAGCGACCGCGCGCUCCCGCGGCGCCCGCCCGACCCGCCGCCAACUGUCACGGGGAGCGGCACCGGCGCCCGGCCGCGCGUGUCCGUGUUGUCCGUCUGUCUGUAUGCGUGUCUCUGUGUCCGAGCGGGGGUGUGUCCGUGCGUGCCCGGGUGCUCGGGCCGGGGGGCGUGUGUCCGGGCGGCGGCCGCUGUCGCAGGGCGGGCCGGGCCGGGCUGUUGUUGCGGGAGGCAGUGCGGCGGGCGGGGUGGCGCCGAUGGCGGUCCCGGAGGGGAAGCGCCGUGCGGCGGCCGUGGCUGUUCCCUGCUCGCCGCGUGCCCCCCUCGCCGGCCCCGUUCCCGCCGCCGCGUUCCCGUCUGCCGUGUGCGAGCUGAGGCGGGGCCGCGGCGGCAGCGCCGGAGGGCCCGUGAUCCCCCGCACGCACCGGGAUCGGCGUCCGUCUGGUGCGCUGCGGCCGGCGGGACUGGGGGUGUCGGCGGGCGCCCUCCGCUCUUUCAGGCCCGGGCUGAACAACGCAGCGGGAGCCGCCCGGGUUUGGGAAUCGCGCCGAAGAGGCCGCGGCUGUUUGUGUUGGGCGAAAGGGGCGUGCGGCAGCAGUCCCUCCUCCCCGCUCCCGGCGGGGUCCCGAGCGGCUCCGCUCGAAGGGCUGGGCUGGGACCGCGGGGACAGGAGAGGAACGGAGCUGUCAGGGCUGCGGGCUCGCGCUGUGACAGCCGAGCUUUGCGCUGCCUUGUGCUCGCCCAGGGUUUGUGCUGUCCCCGUGCUGAACGUGGAAGGUGUCGGGCGGGCGCUCCUUCGCCGAUGUACUUCAGUACAUCCUGAAGUCUGCAGAAAAUGGAAUAAUCAAAACAGACAAGGUAUUUGAAGUAAUGCUGGCUACAGACCGUUGCCACUAUGCAAAAUACAACCCCUACAUGGACUCUCCGCAGUCUAUAGGUUUCCAAGCAACAAUCAGUGCUCCACACAUGCAUGCAUAUGCACUUGAACUUCUAUCUGAUCAGCUACAUGAAGGAGCCAAAGCACUUGACGUAGGAUCUGGAAGUGGAAUUCUUACGGCAUGCUUUUCGCGAAUGGUUGGUCCCAAAGGACAAGUUGUAGGAAUUGAUCAUAUCAAAGAACUAGUAGAUGACUCAAUAAAUAAUGUCAAAAAAGACGAUCCCACAUUGCUGUCUUCAGGAAGAGUGAAACUGAUUGUGGGAGAUGGACGAAUGGGAUAUGCAGAAGAAGCUCCCUAUGAUGCAAUUCAUGUUGGAGCUGCAGCCCCAGUUGUGCCCCAAGCACUUAUAGACCAGUUAAAACCUGGCGGAAGAUUGAUAUUACCAGUUGGCCCUGCUGGGGGAAACCAGAUGCUCGAACAGUAUGACAAACUAGAAGAUGGCAGUGUCAAAAUGAAGCCUCUGAUGGGAGUGAUAUAUGUGCCUUUAACAGAUAAAGAGAAGCAGUGGUCCAGGGAUGAAUUGUAAAAGCUACAUCAUCUUGACCCAAACAUAGUGUUACAGUGGACUGCUCAUCUCCCGUUCUAAAAGCUUUUUGAAAACCAACAGCAUUGCAGCUUGUUUUGGACUUCGUUAUACUGUUGUUAUCAGCAUGGAAAAGCGUGGUGUUUGUUUUAUUUUUUUAGAUGCUCAAGGCAAAUCUGAAAAAGAAAUGGUGGAAAGUUUUAUGUGGGCACUGUUUUAUUUAACAUGCCUUUAUUUCACUUUUAUCUGUUCAAAGUGAAUUUCUGCAAAACUGCAGAGAAAGACCUGUAGCUUGUGAACUCUGAUUUUGAUGGGGGAACUUGAACACUCACUUCUCUCGGCUCCUGUGUCCCUUGGUAAAACGCUUCUGUGCACCUUACGACACUACGUAGGUAAUACCAGGUUUUCUGUGUUCCAACGUCUGCUAGAUGCUACUAAAAGGAGAUGAACUUCCUUUCUAAGCUUUUGACAUGGUGUCAUAGACUAGCAUGUAGUAGAUACAAUCAGCUGCUUUUUUACCUUUAAACCAGGCAUUUGUAUAUAUUAAAUUUCAAGACAUCAGAGGUAGGUGGCCGCUCCUAUCAAACAUUUCUGUUCAAGCUGGACAUAACAGACAUGGUUUUCCCUUUCCUUCUAAAACUGAUUAAUGUAAGCUUUAAAUUCUGUUGUGGUUUAUAGCUCAGUGCUGAUGUGAUACACAUGGAGCUAACUCCAUAAAUGUGAGUUGAGCUGUGUUCCAAUCACUGAACAAUUUACACAAUGCAGCUUUGCCAAGCAAAUUUAAAAGCAAAAGGGGGUUUUGUGCUUGUGUGGAAGAUUAGGAUGGGUAGGUAGUCUGAUAUACGGAUUGCUAGGUUCUUUAUUAAAAGCCAAAACCCCCUUUGGUCCUAAAAGCAAAGUUGCUUCUGGUAAAGCCAUUUGAUGAAUGAAGAAUAGUUGGAAGGCUCUAAACCUUUUUUUCUGAUGUAAGUUUUGUCUUCUGGUACUAUAAAAUGUUGACAAAUUAGGAAGCAGUACACUAAGGUGGGCUGCUUUGGGAAAGGGGGGAAGUGUGUCUUCAGUGAUCUUGCUCAUAUUUGAGCGACCCAGAAUUAAAGUAAACAGCAUAUUAUCCUUUUUUUUUAUGAUAGGAAGGAUUAUAGAAUAAAACAACCCAUAGUGAUCACUGGAAAAAAACCCAAAACAACUUCCUAUGGUGGAAGAGCAAUAAUUUUGUGAUAGGAUUAAUCCCUGAAAGCAUAAAGUUAUAAUUCAAAGGCCUCUGAAUAUGGAAAAGGAACAUUUUAAAUAACCUGCCUUUGGAAGGCCCAGCCCCAUUUUGUUCCUCUGUGGAAGAUACUAUAGGACUUAAUUUACUUAGAUGUUUGGAAGUUAAUGUACCACCUCCUGAUCUGACUGCAGCCUGGGAGCACAUGCACAAGAUUAAUCUUAUAAAGAAAUUAAUAUAGUGCAUAUUCUAGAAAAUACAAUCCAGAAAAAUCCACUUGCGUCUGACAAAUUUGUACUAACCCACAAUCAACUGUGACUCUAGUUCUUGGUGUUGAAGUGAAAUAACUGAUGCAUGCUAACGUUCAACCUUUUGGUCGCUGUAUCUUUCAGUUUGAGUUCAGCUUUAUUUACAUCUUCUCACUAAUUUAAUCAGUUAAAUGAAAGAUAUGAGCUCAACUGUAUCCAAAUUCCUGUCUCUGGACACAGUCUAAUAAGCUAGCCUGACUUGGAAGUGGUGUUAAGCUGAGACCCAAUGACAGCUUCCUGGGGGAGAACCACUUCAGGAGGUGUAAGACUUCAGGGACCAAGGCUGGUGGGAUUAGUGCACCCAUUCCACUGAAGGGGCUGAUGACAGUCAAGGUACUCGGACAGAAAGGAGGAUCCAGGAGUAGCAUUUAGGAGUUGAAAAUGGAAACUCCUCCAUGAUGGAGCAAUGGUUCUGAAGUAAAAAACUUGGAGACAAGGACAAGUUGAAAUGCAGAAGACUUGAAGAGCUUGAAUAAAUGCUGUGUGAACUGUCUGAAUUGCUACUUUGCCAAAUAAAACAAAUUGAGAGGAAGCUGUA